AUGGGUGUCGUCGAGAAGAUCAAAGAGAUCGAAGAUGAGAUGAUGAGGACGCAGAAGAAUAAAGCGACCGAGUACCAUCUCGGUCUGCUGAAGGGAAAACUUGCCAAGCUGCGUAUGCAGUUGCUGGAGCCGACAAGUAAAUCCUCAAAACCAGGAGAAGGCUUCGAUGUGAUGAAAUCCGGUGACGCAAGAGUUGCGCUGAUCGGGUUUCCCUCCGUCGGCAAGUCGACCCUCUUGACUAAGAUCACAAAGACAGCGAGCGCAACGGCCGCGUACGAGUACACCACGCUGACAGCCAUCCCAGGUGUCAUUGAAUACCAAGGCGCACGGAUACAGCUGCUCGACUUACCUGGUAUCAUCGAAGGUGCAGCACAGGGGCGAGGUAGAGGCAAGCAGGUCGUCAGUGUGGCCAAGACUGCCGAUCUCAUCAUGAUUAUGCUGGACGCAACGAAACCAGCGGCGCAGCGGGCUCUACUCGAGAAGGAACUCGAGGACGUGGGCAUUCGGCUAAACAAGAAGCAGCCAGAUGUAACCAUCAAGCGCAAGACAACUGGCGGUAUCGUCAUCACAAAAGCCACGGGCAUUACAUUCACGCACAUUGACGAAAAGAUGAUUCGCACCAUCCUACAGAGCUACAAGAUGCAUAAUGUCGAUGUUCUGAUCCGAGAAGACAUCACCGUGGACCAAUUCAUUGAUAUGGUGCUCGGCAACAGGAAAUAUACACCGUGCAUUUAUGUGUAUAACAAAAUCGACUCGAUCAGCAUGGAGCAAAUGAAUAAACUCGCGCACGAGCCGCAUAGCAUCGUGAUCAGCUGCGAGAAAGGCCUCAACCUUGACCACCUCGUGGACCGAAUAUGGGAGGAACUCGAUCUGGUGCGCAUCUACACCAAGAAGCGCGGACAGCAUCCCGAUCUGGAAGAUCCACUUGUCGUCCGCAAAGGAGCCACAGUCGAGCAUGUCUGCCACGCUGUACAUCGCGCCAUUGUCGACAAGUUCAAGUAUGCGCUGGUAUACGGAAAAUCAAGCAAAUUUCCAGCGGAACAAAAAGUUGGGCUGAACCACAUUGUCGCGAACGACGAUGUCAUCACCAUCUUUAGUGAGCGCGGUCGUUCGCCACUUGAUGGGCUCAAUUGA